AGAUGAAGAAGAAAGAAAGAAAGAAGACCAAUCAGGAAACAAUCCGCAAAAGCAAUAAGAAACAAACCGAAACUGAAACUAACCGAUGCAGAGAAAAGAAAAUCGCGGAUGAUCGCAGUUUCAAUCCAAUCAGGAUUCAAACGAAUGUCUCCAUGUUUCUUCUGGAGAAGAAAAUCCGAUGACUUCGCGAGAAGAAGAAAACACGCAGACAAAUUUCCAUUUCCUAAAUAUGGAAACGCAAUCCUGCGAGAAAAUUGGAUCUCCAAUGGAAGAAGAAAAAAGGCGAAGCACAAACAUAUGCGACCAUUUCAAACCGUUUUCUGUUAUAUCUCUUCGGAAUCGAAACCGAGAAUCGCUUCCUAGAAACAGAGGUUUUGAUUUGCAGGAACUGGAAACCAGAAUGAUCUAUUUCGAGAACAAAACGGCACAGGUUUGAAGCGCGAUCGAAUUGUGGCAUCUAUGUUCGCCAUUGCCACAAAAUGUUCGAUUGUGGUGGAUACAAGUCGCAGUACAUAGGUGGUCACAAGGAGAAAUUCGUGAGGUUGGAUGAGUUGGAUUCAAAUUUGUCAGCAUCCUCUGAAUCAAGCAAGAUGAAGAAAUGCCGAUUCAACCUAGAAAGCCUCCCACUGCCAUUCAUUAGCCGAUCGAAUCCUCGAAACGCGUCGCAAUCGUUCCGUAGGGGAGUACAAAUGAGCUCUGACGGAAUUCUAACCCUAGGCCGCUCGCUCCACUCUAGCGUGUCCAAAGUCAUUUUCCCUGAGGACCUGAAAGUGUCAGAGCAGAAAAUCUUCGAUCCGCAGGACAAAUCGCUUCUCUUCUGGAACAAGCUAUUCGUCCUGUGCUGUAUUCUCGCCGUCUCCAUCGAUCCUCUGUUCUUCUACCUCCCUGUGUUCAACCACGCCUCUUACUGCCUCGGAAUGGACACUCAGCUUGCCGUCACGACCACCACCGCCCGUACGGCCGUCGACCUGUUCUACUUGAUUCGGAUGGCGUUCCAGUUCCGGACGGCUUACAUUGCGCCAUCGUCAAGGGUGUUUGGCCGCGGCGAACUUGUGAUCGAUCCGGCAGAGAUCGCCAAGCGGUAUCUUCAGCGCUAUUUCAUUGCCGAUUUCCUCGCUGUUCUUCCUUUUCCUCAGGUUGUGGUGUGGAGAUUUCUUCACAGGUCAAAAGGUUCAGAGGUGUUGGCAACAAAACAAGCAUUGUUAAACAUAGUGUUUCUUCAGUACAUUCCCAGAUUUGUUAGGUUUAUACCUUUGAACAUAGAACUUAAGAAGACCGCAGGUGUUUUUGCUGAAAGCGCCUGGGCUGGUGCUGCUUACUAUCUCCUCUUGUACAUGCUCGCCAGUCAUAUAGCGGGAGCGUUCUGGUACUUGCUGGCAGUGGAGAGGAACGACGCAUGUUGGAGACAAGCGUGCAGAAGCAGUGGGAAGUGCAACAUAAACUUCCUGUACUGCGGAAAUAAGCACAUGCCUGGGUAUAAGGAGUGGAAAGUUAUUAGUGUUGGUAUUCUCAGAAGGAAAUGCACAGCCAUUGGAGAUAAUUUGCCAUUCAACUAUGGCAUUUACACACAGGCUAUUGCCUCUGGCAUUGUUCAGUCCAGGACUUUCUUCUCCAAGUUCUGCUACUGCUUGUGGUGGGGCUUGCAAAAUUUGAGUACGCUUGGCCAGGGACUGCUCACCAGUACCUAUCCAGGGGAGGUUAUCUUUUCCAUACUAAUUGCAAUUUCUGGGCUCAUCCUUUUUGCACUCUUGAUUGGAAACAUGCAAACGUACCUUCAAUCUCUAACCGUUCGCCUUGAGGAGAUGCGCAUCAAAAGGCGAGACUCGGAGCAGUGGAUGCACCAUCGGUUGCUUCCCCCGGACUUGAGAGAAAAAGUUAGGCGCUAUGAUCAAUACAAAUGGCUUGAAACUAGAGGAGUGGAUGAAGAGAGCUUGGUUCAAAGUCUUCCAAAGGACCUUAGGAGAGACAUUAAACGCCAUCUCUGUCUCAAUUUGGUUAGAAGGGUCCCUUUGUUUGCGAACAUGGACGAACGGCUUCUAGAUGCAAUAUGCGAGAGGCUAAAGCCAACACUAUACACACAGAACACAUACAUAGUCAGAGAAGGCGACCCAGUUGACGAAAUGCUAUUCAUAAUCCGUGGCCGCCUCGAGAGCGUCACCACCGACGGCGGUCGGAGUGGCUUUUUCAACCGUGGCGUUUUGAAAGAAGGCGACUUCUGCGGUGAGGAGCUUCUGACAUGGGCUCUGGACCCCAAGUCCGGCGCCAAUCUCCCAUCCUCCACUCGCACUGUUCAUGCCCUCACCGAGGUUGAAGCCUUCGCCUUGGAGGCGGAAGAGCUCAAGUUCGUGGCCAGCCAGUUCCGACGUCUGCACAGUCGGCAGGUCCAACACACGUUCAGAUUCUACUCGCAGCAGUGGCGCACAUGGGCGUCUUGUUUUAUACAAGCGGCGUGGCGUCGGUAUUUGAAAAGGAAGAUAGCGGAGCUGCGGCGGAAGGAGGAGGAAGAGGAGGAUGCAGCGGCGGCUGCGGCGGCGUAUGCGUCGACGAGGCUUGGGGCGACGAUUUUGGCGUCGAGAUUUGCAGCGAAUGCGCUUAGAGGGCAUCGGAUGAGGAAUUUGAGUGGGAGGACCUUGAUUAACUUGCAGAAGCCUGCAGAGCCUGAUUUUUCUGUGUAUAAAGGAGAGUAAAGUAAACACAAACAACAGAUUUCAGAAAUUAUUGUUGUCCUCUGUGAGAAUCUGAACCCAAUUUUUAACCAUUGAGAUAAAAACU